UCUCGCCCACGCACGUCGAGGCCGCCGAGCACCCCGCCUUGCGCACCCAGCUCCAGUGAUGCUGACGGCCCUUGCCUGAACGCCUAGCUAGCCUGUUGGACGAUCCGGGGGCGACACGCCUUGCACAGCCGCACUCGUUUGGAAGGAGUGAAUCGAGGCGCCUACCGACGACAACGAACCGAUACACCUACCCCCAACAGUGCCGGGUCUUUUCCCAGGACCUGAAGACUCGCCGCCGAUUUCUUAAUACCGCUCGGUUAGAGGCGAGAGUGAGAGCGAGCUGUUGCCAUGUCGGCGAGAACGGGCGCCGAUACCAGCCUGCCUGGGCAGCCCAACAUCAGGGUGACGAUCAUUGCUGCUGAUGGAUUGUAUAAGCGCGAGGUGUUCCGAUUCCCGGACCCCUUUGCUGUCGCGACGCUCAACGGCGAACAAACGAAUACGACGUCGGUGAUUAAGCGGACGCUGAACCCGUACUGGAAUGAGACGUUUGAGAUGCGUGCUACGGAGGAUAGUAUACUCGCUGUCCAGGUGUUUGACCAGAAGAAGUUCAAGAAGAAGGAUCAGGGAUUCUUGGGGGUUAUCAAUGUCCGGAUUGGUGACGUGAUCGAUUUCAAUUCUGGUGAAGAUGAGAUGCUCACGCGUGACCUGAAGAAGUCGAAUGACAAUCUGGUCGUUCAUGGAAAGCUAAUCAUCAGCCUGUCGACCAAUAUGUCUGAACCCCUACGCAAUGCUGCCCCGGCACAAUCGACUCGACCAACGUUGGGAUCCGCACAAAGUUCGAUUGCCAGUGGUGGAUUCCCAGGUGCCAGGUCAGAUACCCACGUAGCGGAGCCACAGGGUGUCAUGAUGGCGAACGGUGCGAUCUCGACCGCCCCAACUCCUGGACGAGCUCCGGUCUCUGACAGUAUGGGCGCUGCAACAGCCAGCCAGACCUCCGUGCCGUCCUCUCGAGCACCCACCGUGCUCAGUUCCUUUGAAGAUGCACAGGGCAGACUACCUGCUGGUUGGGAACGCCGCGAGGAUAACGUUGGACGUACGUACUAUGUUGAUCACAAUACCAGGUCUACAAGCUGGGUCAGACCUCGGGCGAGUGGGAACGCCGAGACCCAGCGGAACGAGCGUGAUGCCAAUACGGCGGUGGAGCGACAGAGACAUCAGAACCGGACUCUUCCAGAGGACAGGACUGGCGCCAGCUCACCAGGCAUACCGCAGCCAUCACCACCUCCCUCCGUUAGUAGCCAGGCCGGUAGCUCACUCGCUAUGCUUGCCACUGGAGCUACUUCCGCAGGUACAGGUGAACUACCACCCUUAUGGGAGCAGAGACAUACGCCAGAAGGACGUGCAUACUUUGUCGAUCACAACACUCGAACUACAACAUGGGUGGACCCUCGUCGGCAACAGUACAUACGGAUGUACGGUGGGCAGAACCAGAACAAUACCAUCCAACAGCAGCCAGUGUCCCAACUUGGACCGCUGCCCAGUGGAUGGGAGAUGCGACUCACAAACACCGCCAGGGUAUACUUUGUGGACCACAAUACUAAGACGACGACUUGGGACGAUCCUAGACUUCCUUCUUCCCUGGACCAGAACGUUCCGCAGUAUAAGAGAGAUUUCAGACGCAAGCUUAUCUACUUCAGGUCCCAGCCAGCCCUACGCAUCUUGUCUGGACAGUGCCACAUCAAGGCGCGCCGUUCUCAUAUCUUCGAGGACUCUUAUGCUGAGAUCAUGAGGCAGAGCGCGACGGAUCUGAAGAAGCGCUUGAUGAUCAAGUUUGAGGGCGAAGAUGGUCUCGAUUAUGGUGGAGUUUCCAGAGAAUUCUUCUUCCUCCUCUCUCACGAGAUGUUCAAUCCUUUCUACUGUUUAUUCGAGUACUCAGCGCAUGACAACUAUACCCUCCAGAUCAACCCUCACUCCGGUAUCAACCCGGAGCAUCUCAACUACUUCAAGUUUAUUGGCCGCGUUGUCGGCCUUGCGAUUUUCCACCGCAGGUUCCUGGAUGCGUUCUUCAUCGGAGCGCUGUACAAAAUGAUGCUACACAAGCCUGUGUCACUACAGGACAUGGAGGGUGUCGACGCCGACUUCCACAGAAGUUUAGUCUGGACGCUCGAGAACGACAUUGAGGGUGUCCUAGACCAGACGUUCUCGACAGAAGAUGAGCGCUUCGGAGUUACAAGUGUAGAGGACCUGAAGCCCGGCGGAAGAGACAUCGCCGUGACGAACGAGAACAAGAAGGAAUACGUUGAUCUGAUGAUCAAGUGGCGCAUCCAGAAGCGCGUGGACGAGCAGUUCCAGGCCUUUGUUAGCGGCUUCCAUGAGCUCAUCCCCGCGGACCUGGUUAACGUCUUCGACGAGCGCGAGCUAGAGCUGCUGAUCGGUGGUAUCGCCGAGAUCGACGUCGAUGACUGGAAAAAGCACACCGACUACAGAGGAUACCAGGAGUCGGACGAGGUCAUCAAGUUCUUCUGGCAGACCAUCAAGAGCUGGGACGGCGAGCAGAAGUCUCGUCUCCUGCAGUUUGCUACUGGUACAUCGCGUAUUCCCGUUAACGGGUUCAAGGAUCUCCAGGGUAGUGAUGGGCCGAGACGCUUUACGAUUGAGAAGGCGGGGGAUGUUGGGAAUUUGCCGAAGUCGCAUACUUGCUUCAACCGUCUGGACCUACCGCCUUAUAAAUCACUGGACGCAUUACAGGGCAAGCUCACGACGGCGGUGGAGGAGACUAUGGGCUUCGGGCUGGAAUAGAAUCGUAUCUAUACUCCGCGAUGCAGAGGCGGGGAGGAGGAGUGGGAUUUUUGUCUUGGUAGUUUGCAGGGAUCAAAGAAUUUUAACUUACGUUUCUAGUGUCAAGGGGGGGGAGGAGGUAUAAUAAAAGGUACACCCCAGCCGAUUGAAAUAUUGUCCGUUCUUUUUUGCCAUCAUCACUGGGUUCUGAGGAGAUGCAUCUUGUUUGGGAAAACUACUUGCUUGAAAGUUGAGGGAUGGG